UCCCCAAUAUGCCCUGCGCGCUCGCUUAGCCCACUCUUCCUGCUCACUGCCCCAAACCGGGUCUCACUGAUCAUGAGACCCGGUCCACUAUAUUAGCACCAGUUCAGAUGAUGAACCACAAUUUCCUCCUGCCAAAAGCAUUGCUGAAGAAGAUGCUGAGACUAGGGAUAUAUGGCAAGACACCCUGUCAACCAGGGCAGCUGAGCCACAGAACUCAGCACUUGUGGAAACUCUGGAACCCUCUCAUCACAACCCAGAAAUUCUUGGGUCUGAAUGUCACUGAAGAUGCAGAACCAAGAAUGCGGAGAACGGCUAUGAAAAAACUAAUAUAUGGCCCAACAACAACUUGUCUAUGCAGCUACACGAAGAGAUAUGGAUACAUCAGACUAUGAUUCAGCAGUCGAACCUAAUACCUCUGAAGGAAGUGUGAGAGUUGUGAAAAGAAAGCAUCUGUCCAGGGUUAACCAGGUAGCCGUGGAAUUGCCAGAGAUCAUUAUCACAGAGGGGGAACAGCCAGGGGAGGACCAGGUCUCCAAGAACCAGGGGGAUCAAUCUGUAAAGGGAUGCAGUGUUAACCAAGUAGCUGUGGAUUCUGGCAUUAUCACAGCGGGGGAGCUGCCAGCUGAACCAAAUUCCUCUGAAGGAAGGGUGAGACCUGAGAAAAGAAAGCAUCUUGGUCUGUCUUGUCUGCCAAGAGGACAUAUUCCCUUGAAGAAAUCAAAAAACCAAGGCUGUGAGGAAUCAGAACAAGCUACUGAUGCAAAUCAACAGAUUCCUGAGAAUGCCAAGGUGGCCAAAUUUGCAAAGGAAUUAAUUGCAGCUGGAGAAGCUCUAGUUUUCUUGAUGUGCCGUAAAACAGAAUGUAAAAAAAUUAUUGCAGCUGGCCUGAAGCGUAUUGAGAGGCUCAAGCAGUGUGCGCUGUUCAUAACAGGAUUGGAACAAGCUGCUGAUGCAGAUCAACAGAGUCCUGAGAAUGCCAAGGUGGCCAAAUUUGCAAAGGAAAUAACUGCAGCUGGUGAAGGUCUAGGUUUUUUGAUGCGCUGUAAAACAGAAUUUCAAAACAUUGUUGCAGCUGGCCUGAAUAGUAUUAAGAGGAUCGAUCAGUGUGUGGUGUUCAUAACAGAAUCGAUUGCCAGAGGUGCCAGAAAUUGCGAACUGCCAGGCAUGGUGGACUUUGUGAAUGAUAUUAAAAAGGAAUUUAUGUAUCCCUGUAGCAAUGAGAAAUGUACCACAAAGGCGGGGAGGGGGUAGGAAACCAUGCUCUGAUGAUACACAGUCAGAUUCAGAUGUUGAUCCUACAGAGCUGUCUCAGACAAAUCGCUCUGCAGAAGCAAAAACUAUUGCUUACAGACAGGUUGGUACCAAGCUGUCAGUCAGCUCUGAAGGAUCAGAUGUUUGUAAACUGACUAACCUUUUGAAGCACCCUGUUAAUCAUUUUCACUAAGUUAAUUUUGACACAUCUGCAUGGCAUUAUACUAAGGGACUAAAUUCAAACAAGUAUCCUCCCUGGCAAACUAUAAAAAUGCUACCGUACAAGAAGACAUGAUAGAAUAAAAUUAUGCAU